GAUGCACAUUAAAUAUCGCAUGCGAUUCGUCGUUCAGCAUGUCUACACAUGAAUGAAACCUAGAAGUCUAGAUUUGUUUUUGUUCAAAUGUUCCAAUCUACCAUGCUGGUGCAAAAGCUAAGCGGAAUCACUUUGCUGCUGUUGCUGUGUCAACAUGCAUGUUUCCUCUCUGCAAGUGGCAAUGCAAAACGAUCAGUGACCUGUGAAGGAGACUCUGCAUCCCUCAGCUGUGGCUCUAGAUUCAUAAAUGUCCUUUUUGCCAAAUAUGGACGGACCGAUUGCAAGACUUGCUCUGAUGGGAAACCUCCUGUGCUGCUCUCAAAUGUUCACUGCUCCUCGGAAACCUCCCUCCAAAUGAUGGCCACUCAGUGUAAUGGAAGAAAAAGCUGUUCUGUUCAAGCGGUGAACUCGGUCUUCAAUGAUCCCUGUGUUGGGACUUAUAAAUACCUGGAAGUAUCUUAUGAAUGUCUCAAACCUAAGCAGCAUGUAACUUGCGAAGGUUCCAGAGGUGACAUUACCUGUGGGAAAGGUGUUAUUUCUGUUCAUAAUGCCAAUUAUGGACGGCAGAAUCUUGCAACAUGUCCUCAUAAAUUUGCAACUUCAACACACUGUAACUCUGAUCAGACUGCCUGUAUGCGUUCCAGGUGCAAUGGAAAGAAGUCUUGUCAUGUACUAGCUUCCAAUUCGGAGUUCUCUGAUCCAUGUGUAGGCGUCUAUAAGUACCUGGUAGUGACUUAUUCCUGCAUCUGAGUUUAGCAUGAUCCGCAUCAGAAGGUGAUGGAAAUGGCCUGGAAGAGCAGAAGCAGCAUCCCCCCCCCCCCUUUUUUUUUUUUUUUGCACGAUUUCUGUUUCUCUCUUAAAUCUGCUUCGAAAUGGUUUCUUUCAAAAAGACUCCUAGAAAUAAACUGCUGUUGACAUGAAA